GCUUGGGUUGGUGGGGGUAUUUUUUUGGUCAGCGGCCACGAAGACAGCGGUCAGGUGGCGAAGGCAACGUCUGGGCCACGGGCGAGGCUACUUUGCUAAAACAGAAACGCGGCCGGCCAGAGCAGGCUGAUGUUGACGUUGGGCUCCAGCUGCGCCUCCGACAUCUCGCUCAGCAGCGAAAGCGCCCGCCGCCACUGCUCGCCCCUCUCGCACGCGCUGAUCCCAGCGUUGUAGCUGAUGACGUUGUGCUCCAGCUUGGACUCUCGCAUCUCGCUCAGCAGCGCAAGCGCCCGCUGCCACUGUUCGCCCUUCUCGCACGCGCUGAUCCCAGUGUUGUAGCUGAUGACGUUGGGCUCUAGCUGCGCCUCCCGCAUCUCGCUCAGCAGCCGCAAGCGCCCGCUGCCACUGCUCGCCCUUCUCGCACGCGCUGAUCCCAGCGCUGUAGCUGAUGACGUCGGGAUCCAACCUCGCCUCCCGCACCUCGCUCAGCAGCGCAAGUGCCCGCUGCCACUGCUCGCCCUUCUCGCACGCGCUGAUCCCACCGUUUUCCGGCAUUUGGCGCUGUUUCCUUCCGGCACGCGGUUCCUCCGGCCAUACAGUAUAGAUGACGUCGGGUUCCAGCUUCGCCUCCCGCAUCUCGCUCAGCAGCGCAAGCGCCCGCUGCCACUGCUGGCCCUUCUCGCACGCGCUGAUCCCAGCGUUGUAACUAGAUGACGUCGGGUUCCAGCUUCGCCUCCAACAUCUCGCUCAGCAGCGCCAGCGCCCGCUGCCACUGCUCGCCCUUCUCGCACGCGCUGACCCCAGCGCUAUAGCUGAUGACAUUGGGCUCCAGCUUCGCCUUUCCCAUCUCGCUCAGCAACGCCAGCGCAGGCUGCCACUGCCCGGCCUUCUCGCACGCGCUGAUCCCAGCAUUGUAGCUAGAUGAUGUUCGGCUCCAGCUUCGCCUCCCGCAUCUCGCUGAGCACCGCCAGCGCCCGCUGCCACUGCUCGCCCUUCUCGCACGCGCUGGCCCCAGCGCUAUAGCUGAUGACAUUGGGCUCCAGCUUCGCCUCCCACAUCUCGCUCAGCAGCGCCAGCCGCCCGCUGCCACUGCUCGCCCUUCUCGCACGCGCUGAUCCCAGCGCUGUGGCUGAUAGCGUUGGGCUCCAGCUUCGCCUCCCACAUCUCGCUCAGCAGCGCCAGCGCCCGCUGCCACUGCCCGCCCUUCUCGCACGCGCUGAUCCCAGCGCUGUAGCUGA